AUGAUGGAGCCCAAACCCUCUUCUCUUUCUGGGUGCUAUGUGGGCUUUCUUCUCUUACAAGUGACGGCAUCAGCAUCAGAAAAGUGGACAGUGACCAUUCCCACGGGACACUUGGUGGCUACAGUAGGAGGAAAGACUGAGCUUAGCUGCCAGUUGUCCCCACCACAAAGUGCAGAACACAUGGAGGUGUCCUGGUUCAAGGGUGACCAUUCCAGGCUUGUUCACCUAUACAGAGAUGGCCAUGAAGUGAAAGGAAAAGCUGCCCAGGAAUAUGUGGAUCGCAUAGAGUUUGUGAAAGAGGCCAUUGGGGAGGGCAAAGUGACUCUCAGAAUUCAUAAUAUCAGCAUUUCUGAUAAUGGACUGUACCAGUGUUCAUUUAAGGAUGGUAACGUCAGUGAUGUGGCCAGCAUGAACCUGAGUGUAGCAGCAUUGGGCUUGGGAACACAGAUCCAUAUUCGGGUGUAUAUCACUAAAGGACUUACGGUGGAAUGUGACUCAGGAGGCUGGUUCCCACAGCCCGAGAUGGAGUGGAGAGACAGCAAGGGAGAGGUAGUUCCACAUUCAUCAAAAUCCUAUGCACGGGAUGGAUCCGGAUUAUUCCAUGUGAAAAUGACUCUUCUCCUCAGAAGCAAACCACAGGGCCAUAUGGCUUGCUACAUUCGCAACCCUCUGUCAGGCGAUGGGAAACAAAUAAAUAUCAAUGUAGNUAAGUCUCAUCUUAAAUGGACAUAUGAAAACAAGAAGAAUAUAUGAAAACAAUCGACAGAGAUGCAAUCAGCAAAGUGCAGACAUGGAAAACACUACACAAGAAAUGAUCCAAGUUCUUCAAUAACUUAG